AUGCCUCGAAGAUUCAUCAGCAUUACCGCCCCGGUACUCCGUACAUACAGCAGGGGAUACCUGGCAACCACGUCAGAGUCUGUGAGUCUUGAGCCUGCGCAAGGCUGGGGGACUUUCGGGUGGCUUCUGUCCGCCUUUUUGAUUACUCUAUGCAGCCUAAUGUGCAUCGAGAACCAGACUCCUCUUUUCUCUAUUUCCCUGUCGCCAAAAGCUUCCGAGGCCAAUGGACUCUGGAUGCCAGGCAACGGUCGCGCGGCUGCGGAUGGGAUUGAAAGGAAUGUUGGGCGAGCAUGUUCUUUGUUUGCUCGAUGGCAUGGACCUCGGGAAACUCGAUGA